UUUUGAGAUGUCUUUAAGGUCUACAUUUUAGGCACACAUAGUUUAAAUGUAUGCUAAAUGGAAAGUCAGACUUACUUUGAUUCUUUUCAUUUGAGAGAACACUCAUAGGUCUUUAAGGCAUACAUUUCAGGAUCUUAUGUUUUAAAUGUAGGCUAAAUGUAUAGCAGUCUUUUACGUUUAGUCUGUUCAUUUUGAGAUGUCUUUAAGGCAUACAUUUCAGAACAUUAUGUUUUAAAUGUAAAGUAAAUGUGUGGAAUCCUUUUAGUUUUAGUCUAUCCACAUUAAGAUGUUUUUUUUUGUUUUUUUUAAGGUCUACAUUUUCAGCUUGUUAUGUUUUAAAUGUGGUUGAUGUUAAAUGUUUGGAUUGUUAUUUGUGUAAAACAACACACUUUUACCUAAACACAUUAAAAAAGUAAGAUACAUGUUUAAUGUAAUCUCUUAAGUAUACAUUCUAAACCUGUGAAUAAAAUAAUCAAAUUUUCAGUUUAACAAUUUUAAGAAUCUGUAUCUACUAAACCUAUUUACAUGGUAGUUACGUUUCAAAAGCUACACCAAUCACAGGCUAAAUGUUUUAAAUAUGUUAAUAACGGUAGGAGUGGUCUACGUGGCCUUGUAUAUAGAUGGCUCACAACUCUGUUGGAGGUGCCCCAUUCAGACGCUAGCCUGAAAAAAACCACGAUGGACGCAAGCUUUCUUGGAACCUGUGAGCUGGAAACAAUCCAAGCCGUUCAAAAUAUUGAAGGUUUAUCUCAACUUUGUGAGGAGUCUGUGAACACAUCGGCGCAUGUGGACCCUCUUGCAGGUCUAAAACGCUUAGUGGAUAGUAUCACGCCACCCGGAUUCGACAAUUUGUACAAACAGCCAAAAAAUCCUCAACUACAGGAUAUAACCAACAACAGCGGAUACAGGAGAGCCUUUAAGCCAAACUUAACGAGCAGUCCGGAGGUGUUGCUUGGUAAACGUUGCAACAGGGGACCAUCUUCAAGCAGAAAACGCAUCAGGCUGGAAGACAGCUGCAUACUGUUAGAUACAGAUUUGAACAACGCUGGACAGUCUACGAAUGGAGAAAGUGUGUUGCACAAUGAUGUCCAGGAUGUUUUAAACAAGGACGAAUGGUCGGAGGAUUUGACGGACAUCUGGGAUCAGAACAGUUUCAGCGAACCAGUCGAAAAAACUGUUGCUGCCGCACCACCGAAUGUUGGAAUAAACGCUUCGGACAAACACAGAGACACUGACGCAAAUGAGUUACGAUCAAACCAAGAGCAUGAGCAUCAAGAUCAGGUAGGACCCGAUGGUGAUUUAAACAGUAUUGGCGAGGUUUUAACUGUUCUAAGACAGAUUUCUGAAGAAAACAGAAAAAUAUUGCUAGAUAACAAAUCAAUCACAGAAUCAAACAGAAAACUAACAGAAGCUUGUAUUAAAUCUUCCCAAGACAACGAAAGGUUGUCACAGUUAAAUGCAAAGAUAUCUCAAGAAAAUUUGAACAAUUUAAUUGAGCUACGUAGACAAUCUGCCAUUAACCGUAGACAUGAAAAAGGUAUUCAAGAGAUACACAAACAACUAAAUAUAUAUCUGGAUGAAUUUAGAAAAUUUGAUAUGUCUGGUAAUGUGUCAAAAGAUCAAUUCAAAUCUUUAAUACAAAUAAUGUUUAAAAUGCAAAAGGCGUUAGAGAUAAAAUUAUCGCCAUUUCUGCCUAUUGCGGGGCCAUCCUCUCGUGUUUAGUGUUGCCAAUAGUUAGAGGCUAGUGUUUUUCCACAUUGUUACAGAAGUCAUCAUUUUCACAUAUUUUCAAUGUAUAUUUACAUCUAAAACAAACAAUCAGACAAAUAUGGCAUCUAAAAGAUUUUGGGGGUCAGACAACAACCCGUGUGUUAGAGAUGAAUAUGAUUCAUUGAACCAGUUGUCUAUUGAUGAACAAUUGCAGCGUCUAAGCGAAAUGUAUGAGGCGAAUGUUAACCCUAAUGUUCAGCAAAACAUUGAUACACAACACUUUGGCAACCAUUAUGUUUUGUCUAAUCAUUUAACCAUUGACGAACAAAUGCGGUAUCUAAGUAAUACGUAUGAUACACCUAUUAACGGUCCAAGUAAUAACCGACAAGUAACAUUCACACAGGGUAAUGCAGAUGUUGACUUGUUUAGAAAUCGUACCACACAGGCCCCGCCAUCAAAGCGUUGUAGGUUUAGUGAUAGUUGGCAGACAGAUGUAUUGGAACAGAUGUCGCACAGUGAGCAGUUGUCUUUUCUACAGGACAAUGUCAACCUUGUUUUAGAAUCUGUAGAGAGGGAUACACAAACUAUUCAUACAGAUCAGACAGGUGGUGGUACACAUGAAAAUAGACAUCCGCCACUCGAUCCGACAGCAUCCAACUUUGGUUUAUCUGACAGCGAUAUUGCGGGCUUAGUGAGAAAUGGUGGCGUUGUGGGUGAUUACACUAUAGUUCCGAGAUCGCGGUUUAAUAGUAUUGUGUUACACAGGUCGUUGAAUUUACGUCAUGCGCCAUCUACAGACAUGGGUUCGUACGCUACUUAUGUGCACAAUGUGUUAUCGCAAAUAGUGUCAUUCUCCAGAGUGUUGGCUGGUGAUGGCGGUGUUAUUGACAUUACCCUUAGAGGCCAUAGUUUAACAUCUGAUGUGAACGCUGUGUUGUCUUCCAGAGAUGGUUAUAAUGUGAACAGGUUUUUGGAUGCUAUUGAAAGGGUUGUGCAAAGUAACAAUAGUAUUAAAACAGACAAUAGUUUGGUGUUGACUGUCUCGAUAGCCAUGGUUAAAAAUGGAGGUGCGCGAAGUAGGGUGCGUGACCUUGCACACAAUCAGGUGAUUGACCGGAACAGAAUGAAUCUUUUUUGUCCAACAAACACCUCAAACAAACUGUGUUUUGCAAUCUGUAUCGCACAUUUUUUAAAUCCAUCUACGCCACACAAUGCAUUAGAAACCAUAGCAGAACAGAUUCAGACAGAUGUUGGCUACACGAGUGACCAUAAAGUCGGUUUUAAUGACAUCAGUAGUUUUGAAUACAAGUACGGCGUUAAAGUAGUUGUUUUCCACAAAGGCUGUUCUGGCGAUCUAGAGAAAUAUCAAACAAAAGACAAACCACACCCAAAGACUGUGUUUCUGUAUCUUCACGACAACCAUUAUUACAUGAUCAAAAAUUUGAAAGCGUUCAUUGGCACACCGUAUGUUUGCGUGUUUUGCUAUAAGGGUUACACUAGUGCCAGAGAUCACAGCUGUAAAUACAGCUGUGAUGUGUGUCAUGAUGUCUCCUGCCACAAGAAAAACCGCCGACCCAAAUACUGUGACGAUUGUUUGCGCUAUUGUAAGUCUGAGUACUGUUAUGACAAGCAUAAGGAACAGAAACAACAGCCGACUACAGGUUUGAUGGCCGCCCCGUGUGAUCUGACCAAAUUCUGUAAAAAAUGCGGUCGUCGUUAUAAUAUUUGUUUAGCAAAGCCAAAACCACACAAGUGUUUCUCAGGGCGUUGUUUUCACUGUCAGGAGGAAUUGAUAUCAGACACCACACACGAAUGUUACAUACAACCAAUCAAAUUAAAAGAACCAAGUAGUUCAUACAUAUUUUUGAUUUUGAGACUCGGUUUGAAAACGGCAAGCAUGAAGCAAAUUUUGUCUGUGCAAUCACAUUUGAUGGUAGAGAGUUCACGGCUGAGGGUCCUGAUUGUGUAGAACAACUCAUCAAAGAGUUUAGACGACCCAAAUAUAAGGGGUACACAUGGUUGGCACACAACGCUGCGGGGUUUGACAACUUCCUAUUAUUGGAAUAUUUUUCUAAAGUAGGCAUAGCAGUCAAAAUCACAAUGAUGGGGUGUAGGUUGAUAUGCAUGUGUGACGAUGUAUACAAACAGCGCUACAUAGACUCCUACUCGUUCAUUCCAAUGCGAUUGGCUAAAACAGCAUCAGCUUUAAACCUGACAUGUGAUGAGAAAGGGCAUUUUCCACACAAAUUUAAUUUAAGACAAAACGAAAAUUAUGUGGGUCCAUACCCCGACAAGAGUUUUUACGGCUAUGACACAAUGAGUGACAAAGACAAACAACAGUUUGACGAGUGGUACAACACAGUCUCUGGUGGCGUGUUUGACUUCAAAAAGGAACUCUAUGUUUAUGGUAGAAAUGACGUUGUUUUGCUACGUGAGGCAUGUAUUAAGUACCGUGACGAGUUCAUUCAAUGCACACAACUAGAUCCAUUUAAUUACACAACACUAGCAUCAUGUUGUAUGGCUGUGUACAAGACACAUUUCUUACCAAAGGACACACUAGCACUCACACACAACAAUGCAUAUGUCACCCAACACAAGACAUUCUCUAAUGUCUCCAUUGAAUGGCUUGAGUAUGUCAGGAGUACAAGAGAUGUUGAUGUGCACCAUGCCCUAACUCACGGAGAAGUGAAGUUUGGUGCAUAUUAUGUGGAUGGUUAUUAUGAAAAGGAUGGUGUACGUAAGGCUUUGGAAUUUAAUGGUUGCAUGCACCAUGGUCAUGAGUGUCGUUACAGACCAAACCAGGCCCAUCCUAUGUCAAAGGUACUAUACGGCGAGUUGCGAAAGCAGUUUGACAUCAAGGUUGAGACACUAGUUCAAACGUACGGUCUAGAUGUUGAAGUGAUGUGGGAAUGUCAGUGGUCGACGGCUAAGAGGCUAGAUUCAGGUGUUGCAGCAUUUAUGUCAAAUUACACCGUUCCUGAAAGGUUGAAACCAAGAGACGCACUCUUUGGCGGUAGAACCAACGCAUAUAAAUUGCAUUACAAAACAAAGGAGGGUGAAAAAAUUAGAUAUCUGGAUUUCACCAGUUUGUACCCAUUUUGUCAAGCUAGAAAGAAAUACCCCGUAGGUCACCCGCAAAUAAUUUUCCAAGAUUUCCGCCCUCUUGAGGAAUACUAUGGUCUAGUCAAAGCGACAGUACAGCCACCAAGAAAACUCCUCCACCCUGUUUUACCAUACCGUUGCAAUGGCAAGUUAAUGUUUCCACUUUGUCGCACUUGCGCCGAGCAAGAAAAUCAGCUGCAAAGCUGUACACAUAGUGAUAAAGAUAGAUCCAUCACAGGGACAUGGGUUAGCAUCGAACUGAUGAAGGCCAUUGAGAAAGGGUAUGUGGUGACAAAAAUCCACGAGGUUUGGCAUUUUCCAGACAGUUCAGAAACAUUGUUUUGUGAGUAUGUAAAAACCUUUCUGCAGUACAAACAGGAGGCAAGCGGUUACCCCGCAAAUGCCGUCACAGAGGAGGAAAGGGCAGAGUACAUCAGGGAUUAUUUUGAAAAGGAGAAAAUUAAACUGAAUCCAGACAAAAUAUGUCUCAACCAAGCACGUCGAUCUAUUAACAAAUUGUUGUUGAAUAGCUUGUGGGGUCGUUUUUCCAUGAGGGAAAAUUUGCCUGUGUCAGAGAUGUUGACAGAUCCCGAACAGUUUUCACAACACAUAUUUGGUGACGGGUAUGAUGUUAAACACUUCUCAUUUGUUUCUGAUACAACAGCGUUGAUCCAGUGGUGUUACUCUGCCGGAGACAGUUGCCCGACCCGUGACAUUAAUGUGUUUUUAGGCGCAUUUACAACAGCGCAUGCACGCCUAGAACUGUUUGAUCUAAUGGACCGAUUAGGUGACAGACUUUUGUACAGUGAUACUGACAGCGUAAUUUUUGUUUCUCGUGAAGGUGAUUGGGAACCACCUCUAGGGCCUUACUUAGGCGAUUUGACAGACGAGAUUGGAGACGGUGACUACAUUACAGAGUUCUGUUCAGGCGGCCCCAAAACCUAUGGUUAUCGUACAUCAGAUGGAAAAACAUGUAUGAAGGCUAAAGGUAUCACACUAAAUUCUGACAAUUCAAAAGUCAUUCGGCUCGACACAUUGGUUGAUCUUGUUGAUCAUUACGUUGUACAUCGCGACAGUUCCCGUCACAUACUCGCUCGCGCAGACGGCAUUGUUAGAAAUAAAAAGAACCUCACACUGAAAAACAAGUCCGUGGUGAAGCGUUUUAAAGUCGUCUACAACAAACGGGUUCUGUUGUCUGAUUUUUCAACAAUUCCAUAUGGCUACUAAAGAUGCCCAUGAAUUUCGUGGUGUGCGAGAGGUUAAUGGGUUUGAUUUCAGAUUACAACACCCUUUUUCUUGUGUAAUAAGCGGGCCGUCAAAUUCUGGAAAGACCUUUUUUGUUAAACAACUGCUUGAACGUACUGACGAGCUGGUUUCAAACAAAAUAGAAAACAUUGUAUACAUUUACGAUUGUUGGCAACCUCUUUAUGACGAAAUGUUAAAAAUAAGAAAUAUUAAUUUUGUUCAAGGGAUACCGGCAACACUAAAUGACGACACUAUUCUACCGCUUAACAGAAAUAAUUUGUUAAUUAUUGACGACGUUAUGAAAGAUGCCAGUAAUAACUCUGAGGUAGAAAAGGUUUUCACACAGUAUGUACAUCAUCGAAAUUUAAGCGCUAUCUACCUUAUCCAAAAUUUGUUUUUUCAAGGAAAAUCUAGUAGGACAAUUAGUUUAAACACAAAUUACCUCAUAUUAUUUAAAAACCCUAGAGACAACAACCAGGUUGGUGUGUUAGGUAGACAGAUGUACCCAGGCAACACAAAGUUUUUCAUGGAGUGUUUUCAAAACGCUGUAAGUAAACCAUUUGGGCACCUUAUGAUUGAUUAUAAAGCAAAGACACCUGAAGAUUUUCGUCUCAGAACUGAUCUGCUUUCAAGCAGUCCUGUUGUUUACGUUCAGAAGAAACGACGAUAGGUUACCAUGUCUGACAGACUGUAUAGAAACCUACCACUUCUUAAACUUUUAUUUAAAGCUAAACCGGCGCAGAGACGUGUUAUUUUACAAACAGCAUCCAACGAGUUAAACUCUGUGUGAAGUGGCCCUUAAUGUGCUUAAUGGUACCAUACCUCUCACACCAACACAAUAUCGCAUGUUAAAGAAUAAGAAGUCUGAAAUUAAAUUUAUUGCCGACAAAAAGAUCGGUGUUUCCCGAAAAAAGAAGGUCAUUAAUCAGAAAGGCGGCUUUCUUUUACCAUUGUUAAGUAUUGCUUUACCGUUUAUAACAAGCUUGAUAACGCCAAAGUAAACUGAAGAGAUGGAGCAUGCUGAAAAAAUGUUUUUGGUACCGCAACACCAGCUGGACAAGUUAAAGAACGAAACCUCGAGAGGCCCCAUCAGACAGCUUGUAGAAAAUGAUUUGGACGUGUCUAUUAGAAAUGUUUUGAGCCGGGUCGAUCUUGAUGCUCACGAGAAAGUAAAACUUUACACAAUAGUUUUACAACGAUAUUUAACUAUCGCUAAACAGGGGGAUAUGGAGACCAACGCUUUAACAUUGUCAUUACCACCCAGAGAUAAUGUUAAUAAGGAAACAAGUGUUAUAGACAAGUCUGAUGACAAAAACGAUGUGGUUAAAGAUAUACUCAGGAAUGUACCCAUACGAAGUAAGAGGAAUGUUGAAUAUGUUUUAGAUAAAAUGUCUAAAUCAAAAGAUGUGUCUUCAUGGAAUGAGUCGGGAGAAUUUGUCUUAAAUGGGCAAACUGUUGCGGGGUCACACAUUCUGGACUUGGUAAAAAGUGUCACAGCACCGCACAAGGUUGGUGAUGACCGUAGACCUCGGGGUUGGGCUGAGUUUCUAGAAGCGUUUGCUGUUCUAAAUAUACCUCUUUCCACCAUUCCAAAUAAACAUGUUAGGCAACAGAUUGUAUUGUUGAAAAAUAACAAAUCUAUUGAUAAUGCCUCACCGGUGAAAGAUCAAACAGUAAGCACGAAUCGUGAGACCCCAGUGUUUAUCUCACCAGUUAUAGACAGAAGUAAAUGGUUAAACUUCUAAUGUAUUGUUGUUUGUUUUUGUUUAUUUUAGCUUUCUUUUUUAUGUAUUUUUUUUUGUAUGUAUUGUUUACAAAAUGUCAAUUAUGUAAAUAUUGUUUCACAGUGAUUGAAAUGUUGUAUUUUGUAAAUAAAUGACUCUUGAGUUGAAAA